UAUAUACAUAUAUAAGUACAUGACAUAAAUUAAUGCUUGAUUCACAAUCAACGAAAGUGUAUGUGAUUUUGCGUAUAAGCGGUGAAAGCAAAGUCGAUUGUGUGAUGUUGAAUGUAGACAUAUGUGAAAAUCGUGCAAUACCGGACAAGAUUGAUAUAGAUCUAAGUUUUGUUAAUGUUGGAAUGAUAUGUAUUAAAGAUAAAGAAUAACGAAAAAAAAAAAAAAUUAAAAACUUCGAUAAAAAUGGGUAAUCACGUGGCACGUAAUAUAAGCAAUUCUACUAAAAAGACUGAUGCAGUUACAAAUAAUAGCAAUGCGCUAACUACAAACACGGUUUCACGAAGUUCCUCUGGUAAUGACAUCGAACAUAGUUCUCCUACACAAUUUUUCCCAAUUGAUAACCUAGCCAAGAUUUUAUCGCAUCAUACAUAUGAAGAAAAACAUAUACAUGGAAUCACGAUGUCUGUGUUUGAAAAUUACUUAUUUCCUAAUUAUCCUACAUUAGCUGAAAAGUUGUUUACUUAUUUGCAUCACUCUGCUGGAGCAAGUACAUCACAUUUGACAGUUUCUGCUUUCAAACAACAAUCAGAAAAAUUUCUGUCCGUUAUGAGCGACCAAACUAUAUUAGAAAAUUAUGUAACAAUAUACUCUAAUAUAAGAGAUGGGGAUAUAUCUCCUGAUCUACUAAGGUCUUUAUUGAUGACUUGUUAUCAACUGGCAAUGGAUAGUACUGGUACUACAACAUGUAUUUAUAUACAUCGUGUCGUCAACGCUGUUGUCAUUUCAUGUUUUCAUGGAAAAGAUAGUUUGUCUGUGAGUUAUGUUAGUAAUUGGAUGUGGCAGCAUUGUUCACGUAUUGUACAUGGUCUACAUUGCUAUGUAGUUCAUGUAUUGACAACAGCUUAUAGAAAUGGUAAAGCAUUGCUAUCAAAAGAACAGCCACAACCACAUUUAGAAAUUCCAACACCUGUAUUGGAACAUGCUGACAGUUUUGAUCAACCUCAGACAUUAUUGCCUGUGAGCUAUGUUUGGUUAUUAUCAACUACUUUACCACAAUGUUAUCUUCAGGCAAAUGAUACACCCAAGGAUAUUACGCACGCCAUUAUAGCCAGAACUACAGGCAAUAUAUGUCCUAGACACUGGACUUUAUUAUAUAAUAGUUCAGAACAUGGAACUGGCGCUAAUCGCUUUCUUCAUCAUGUGCUAGGCUACAGAGGUCCAACGUUGUUAUUUAUAAAAGCUGCUGAUCCAGAAAAGGAUGGUGAAUAUCUCAUGUACUGCAUGUGCUCAGCAGUUGAAUGGCGUGAAAGUCAUCUUUAUUGGGGUGAUGAAGAUUCAGUGGGAAUUCAAUUAAGUCCAUCCUACAGAGUUAUAGAGAAAGGACCUAAAGUAUUGUAUCUAAAUACAGGAAUUAGAGGUUAUCCUCAUGGCUUGCGAUUUGGAAGUAAUCCACGUUCACCACAUAUAAGUAUUGAUGAAUCAUUCCAUUCAGUCAGUAUCGCAGGUGCACCAUAUCCUAUUGCUACUCUAGAAGUUUGGGGAUGUGGAGAUGUAAAGUUAAGAGAACGUCAAUUGGAUAUUAAAAAGUGGCAAGUAAAAGAGGCAGAAAGACAAAGAAUUGUUAAAUUAAGUGCUAGCGAUUGGUUGGAUCAUCCUGACCGUUAUCUUCUUGAACUAGCAGGAAGAGCAUCUUACAAUGAAUCUAAUAAAUAACUGGGAUUACAUAA